ACAGAAAAAAUCGAAUCGACCAACAGAUAUCAUUAGACACGUGGAGAAUUUCUAACCUAUAUGAAUAUAUUUAUGAAUAUAAUUUUCAUUUAAGUUUAAAUUCUUUAUAUAAAAAUGACUUAUAAACUUAUAGUUGAUUCAAAAAAUCCUCCAAUGGAUGCUUUGAUAGUAGUAGAGAUUAUCAAUUCUCAAAUUAAAGAAAAAAUUGAAAUAGUUUGGUGUGAUGAUUGGAAAGGUCAUGGAAAUAUACAAUUAAUAGAUAGUCAAAAUAAAAUAUUGGGAGAAAAAAGUAAUGAUAUUAGUCGUUAUUUUGCUAGAACUGCAUGUACAGAUCUUUAUGGUGGUACUAAUCCUCGUGAAAAAACUGAAGUUGAUCAUUGGUUAUCAUUUACAAUUGGACCUUUAGGGUCUUACCCAUUUAAGGAAGAUACACUUUAUUAUUUAGAUAAUGUAUUGAUGACAAAUACUUGGUUGGUUUCCAAAAAAAUAACAAUAGCUGAUAUCCAUGUAUUUUGUAGUCUUUUAGAUAAGAAAUGUUUUGUAAACUUUGAAAAAAAAUUUAUUAAUAUAAGUAGAUGGUAUAAACAGAUGCUUUCAUUAUCUGCUGUGACAGAAGUAUUACUUUCAAUUAAAAAGAAUAUAAAAUUAUUUCCUCAUAAUAUAAAAUCUGAAAAAAUUACCAAUAAACAAAUAGGACAAAGAAAACAAGAAGGUAAAUUUAUUGAUUUGCCUGGAGCAGAAAUGGGUAAAGUUGUAGUACGUUUUCCACCAGAAGCAAGUGGAUAUUUACAUAUUGGACAUGCUAAGGCUGCUUUGUUAAAUCAAUAUUAUGCAGAAACAUUUCAAGGACAACUUAUUAUGAGAUUUGAUGAUACAAAUCCUGCAAAAGAAAAUGUAGAAUUUGAGAAAGCUAUUCUAGAAGAUUUAGAACUAUUACAAAUUAAGCCAGAUCGAUUUACACAUUCUUCUGAUUAUUUUGAUUUAAUGUUGGAAUAUUGUACUAAAUUAUUAAAAGAAAAUAAAGCAUACAUAGAUGAUACUCCGGCUGAUAUAAUGAAAGAACAACGUGAUCAGAAAUUAAUGUCACCAAAUAGAAACAAUUCUAUUGAAAAAAAUCUUGAAUUAUGGGAAGAGAUGCAACAGGGUACUGUUAAAGGUCAGGAAUGUUGUGUUAGAGCAAAAAUUGAUUAUCAAUCAACGAAUGGUUGUUUACGAGAUCCGACAAUUUAUAGAUGCAAACCAGAACCACAUCCUCGAACUGGAACAAAAUAUAAAGUUUAUCCAACAUAUGAUUUUGCUUGUCCAAUCAUUGAUGCCAUUGAAAAUGUUACUCAUACUUUACGCACAACAGAAUAUCAUGACAGAGAUAUUCAAUUUUAUUGGAUAAUAGAUUCUCUAGGACUGAGACGUCCUUAUAUUUGGGAAUAUUCACGUUUGAAUAUGACACAUACAGUUUUAUCAAAAAGAAAAUUAACUUGGUUUGUUAAUGAAGGUUUAGUUGAUGGUUGGGAUGAUCCACGUUUUCCAACUGUACGAGGUAUUUUGAGAAGGGGAAUGACAAUUGAAGGAUUAAAGCAAUUUAUCAUUGCUCAAGGUAGUUCGAAAUCUGUUGUUUUCAUGGAAUGGGAUAAAAUAUGGGCAUUUAACAAAAAAGUCAUUGAUCCAAUUGCCACUAGAUAUACUGCUUUAGAAUAUGAUAAAAUUGUACCAGUACAUAUAAGUGAUGUAGAAGAAAAGUGGCUAGUUGUCCAAAAUCAUCCAAAAGAUGCAUCAAAAGGUACAAAACAAGUAUUAGUAAGAUCAGAGCUAUAUAUUGAAAGAGAUGAUGCAAAUAUGCUAAUUGAAGACCAAAAUGUUACUUUUAUUAAUUGGGGUAACAUAAUAAUAAAAAAAAUUGAGAAAAAUAAUGAUGUCAUUAAACAAAUAAUAGGACAAUUAAAUUUGGAAAAUAAAGAUUAUAAAAAUACAUUAAAAAUUACGUGGUUAUCCAUACCUUCUGAUAAAAAUGAUAAUAUCAAUAAAACUAAUUUAAUUCCGUGCUAUGCUGUUUAUUUUGAUCAUAUUAUAAAUAAACCAAUAUUGGGAAAGGAUGACGAUUACAAAAAUUUUAUUACAGAAAAUACAAGAAUUGAAGUACAAAUGUUUGGAGAAACAGAAUUGAAACGUGUGAGAAAAGGAGAAAUAAUUCAAUUGCAAAGAAAAGGAUUUUUUCGAUGUGAUGUACCUUAUGCUCCAAUUAGUUCAUUUUCUUCUAGAGAAGAACCUUUAAUUCUAUUUCAUAUUCCAGAUGGUCAUAUUGCAAAUACAAAAUCAACAUUUUCUAAUAUUAUUUCGACUUCUAUUAAAAAAAAUUCUCAGGAAAAUAUAUGUACUAUGGUUUCAAAUAAAUUCAAUAAUAAUUCAAAUAAAUUUCAACAACAAUUGAUAUCUAAAGAAAAUGAAUUAUCUGAAAAUAUUAUACAACAAGAAAGAAAAAUUGAAGACCUACAAUCAAAAAUAAAUCAAGAAAUACAAUUAUUUUCAGAUUUAAAAAAAGAAUAUAAAAAUAAAACUGGUAUUGAUUGGAGUGAAAUAAAAAUUCAAGAUGCAACACAAAAUAUACCAAAAGACUCAUAUAUAAAAUUAUCUAGUGAAAUUCAAAAACAAGGGGAUAAAAUAAGACAAUUAAAAAGUACAAAAGCAGAGAAAAAUAUUAUUGAUGAAGAAGUAAAAAAACUAUUGACUUUAAAAUCAGACUAUAAAAUAGUUACAGGUCAAGAUUGGAAACCAUCUACUUUAAAAACUAACGUGAUAUGUAAAAAUGAAAAUUCUGUUGAUAAAAUUUUGAAAAAUAUACAAGAACAAGGAGAUAAAAUAAGACAAUUAAAAAGUAUGAAAGCAGAGAAAAGCAUCAUUGAUGAAGAAGUAAAAAAGCUAUUGGCUUUGAAAGCAGAGUAUAAGUUGGCUACAGGUCAAGAUUGGAAACCAUCUACUAUUCCAAUAACUAAUAAUAUAACACAUAAAGAAAAUUCUGCAGAUAAAAUUUUAGAAAGUAUACAAAAACAAGGAGAUAAAGUAAGGCAAUUAAAAGAAAUUAAAACAGAUAAAAGUAUUAUUGAUAAAGAAGUAAAAAUUCUGAUAGAUUUGAAAAAUAAUUAUAAAACAUUAACUGGUCAAGAAUGGAAGGCAAUAAACUAUGAUACCUCGCCUAAGAAGAAAAAGAAAGAAGAUGCUUCUAAAUGCGAAAAACGAAAAAAUAUAUCGAAUAAAGAAAUAAAUAAAAAUGAAGAUAUAAAAGAUAUAGAUGUAGGCAAAACAAGAUUAGGGUUGGAAGUAAAAAAAGAAGAAAAUUUCUUUGAAUGGUAUUCUCAAAUUAUUACUAAAAGUGGUAUGAUUGAAUAUUAUGAUGUAUCUGGUUGUUAUAUUCUCCGUCCGUGGAGUUUUGCUAUUUGGAAAGCAAUUAAAGAAUAUAUUGAUAAAGAGAUAACACAAAUGGGUGUACAAGAAUGUUACUUUCCUAUUUUCGUUACGAGAACAGUAUUAGAAAAAGAAAAAGCACAUAUAACAGAUUUUGCUCCUGAAGUUGCAUGGGUGACAAAAUGUGGAGAAUCGAAUUUAUCGGAACCAAUUGCUAUAAGACCAACAUCAGAAACUGUAAUGUAUCCUGCUUAUGCCAAAUGGUUAAAAUCCGAUACUGAACUUCCUUUAAAACUUAAUCAAUGGAAUAAUGUAGUAAGAUGGGAAUUUAAAGAUCCCAAACCUUUCUUGCGUACAAGAGAAUUUUUGUGGCAAGAAGGUCACACUGCUUUUGCUACUAAAGCUGAGGCUGAUGAAGAAGUUUUAAUGAUUUUAAAUAUGUAUGCAAGAGUAUAUGAAGACUUAUUAGCAGUACCUGUUAUUAAAGGUCGUAAAACUGAAAAGGAGAAAUUUGCUGGUGGUGAUUACACUACUACAGUUGAAGCUUUUAUUUCAACAAGUGGUCGUGCAAUACAAGGAGCAACAAGUCAUCAUCUUGGACAAAAUUUCUCUAAAAUGUUCAAUAUUCAAGUAGAAGGUGCCGUAGAAAGUGAUGAAAAAACUUUUGUCUAUCAAAAUUCAUGGGGUCUAACAACUCGAACAAUUGGAGUUAUGAUAAUGAUUCACGGAGAUGAUAAAGGUUUAGUAUUACCACCAAAUGUAGCUUGUAUUCAAGCUAUUAUAGUACCUUGUGGUAUUACAGCUAAUACAACAUCACAACAAAGAGAGUUAUUAUUUUCUGAAUGUAAUAAAUUAUUGGAUGAAUUAUCAAAAGAUAAAUUACUUAGAGUUAAAGCAGAUUAUCGCAAUAAUCGCACGCCAGGUUGGAAAUUUAAUCACUGGGAAUUGAAAGGAGUGCCUGUAAGAAUCGAAUUAGGACCUAAAGAUUUAGAAAAAAAUCAAGUCACUUUUGUACGCAGAGAUAAUUUUCAAAGAGUAUUUGCAAAUAGAUCUGAAGUGCUUGUUGCUUUACAUACAUUGUUGACUGACAUACAAACAAGUAUGCUUUCCAAAGCAAGAAAAAACUUAAAUGAACAUAUCAAACGUGCAGAUAAUUGGAAUGAAUUUUGUUCUUAUCUAAAUGAGAAAAAUAUAUUAUUAUCACCAUUUUGUGGAGAAUCAUCUUGUGAAGAUAAUAUUAAAGCUGACAGUGCACGGGAAGAUACGGUAGGAGAGCUUGGAACAUUAUCAAUGGGCGCAAAAAGUCUUUGUAUACCAUUUGAACAACCAUUAUUAUCUUCUGAUAAACAAACAUGUAUUCAUCCUAAUUGUCAAAACAAACCGAAAUUUUAUACACUUUUUGGCCGUAGUUAUUAAAAUAAUUCAAUAUAAAAAAUGUAAGGUUGAAACAAUAAAAAUUCCUUUAAA